GGAAGAUUCAACCGAAGCUGAGAGAGAGAGAGCGGAAAGUAGAGAAAGAGAAAUAGAGGGAGAGACAAAGAGAGGGAGACGGAUUGAGAAAGUGCGAGAAAUACAGGAAGAAUCAGAAACAGAGUGUGGGGCUGCUGAGACGGGCAGCCAUGAAAGACAGAGUACUGAGAGCCAAAGAGACUGGAAGCUCAGCUUGGGCGGAAAUGUCAGAUACAUUGGAGAGACGGCAACCAAUGAGCAAGGCCUUCAUCUGAUGCUACCAUCCAAUCACAGGAAGCCUGAACUGAAGAUGAUGGAGGGAUGCCGCUGGUGAGAUAGACAACACUUGCUGUGUUUAAACCAGAGGCUUGAACUUUUUAAUCUGGCUAAAUAAUAAAGCUGUGAGGAGCUCAGAAAAGAAGCCUGUACGUUUUGGGAGGAGCAUUGGUAGGGUGUCGUACUCCAGCUUUGAUCUCUGACCUUGACUGCAUCGGAGCUGUUUCUGAUUGGUGGGACUUGCCCUGGUCCUGAGUUGCAGAUAUGGACAGUGUUUAUUCAAACAGAUUCAACACCUUGAUCCUGUUCACUCCAUCAUGCUAACAACUGGGAGGCAAAGUUUGGAAAUUGUGGUCUACAUUGUUUUUGAGCUGGUGAUUGCAGUUCUGGCAGUGUUGGGUAAUGUCCUGGUUUGCUGGGCCGUCUAUCUGAACAGUAACCUGCAGAACGUCACCAACUUCUUUGUGGUGUCCUUGGCUGUCGCGGAUAUUGCUGUCGGGGUGCUGGCCAUCCCCUUCGCCAUCACCAUCAGCACUGGUUUCUGCUCGGUCUUCUAUGGCUGUCUCUUCAUCGCCUGCUUUGUGUUAGUGUUGACCCAGAGUUCAAUCUUCAGCCUGCUGGCUAUUGCCAUUGACCGCUACAUUUGCAUCAAAAUCCCGCUCAGAUACAACAGCCUGGUGACUGGUCAACGUGCAAGAGGAAUUAUCUGCAUCUGCUGGAUUCUGUCCUUUAUGAUUGGCUUGACCCCAAUGCUCGGCUGGAAUAAAUCCAACUGUGACCUCAAGAUGAAACUGAACAAGUCUGAUCCAUGCAGAGACGGUAUGGUCUCCUGUCUGUUUGAAGAGGUGGUUACCAUGGACUAUAUGGUCUAUUAUAAUUUCUUUGCUUGUGUCUUGAUGCCCUUGCUUAUAAUGUUUGGGAUUUACUUGAGGAUUUUCAUGGCCGCCCGCCAUCAGCUCAAGCAAAUGGAGUUUAAAGUCACCCACACAGAGAAGAGCAGGUCCACCCUGCAGAAGGAAGUCCAAGCAGCCAAGUCGCUGGCCAUCAUUGUUGGUCUCUUUGCAGUUUGCUGGCUGCCAUUGCAUAUUAUAAACUGUGUCAAUCUUUUCUGCGACAACUGUCGACCACCAGCCUGGAUUAUGUACUUUGCAAUCAUUCUGUCACAUGCCAACUCUGUUGUUAACCCUUUAAUUUAUGCGUACAGGAUUCGAGAGUUCCGCCAAACAUUCCGUAAGAUUCUUAGAAGGCACAUCCUGAGGAAAACAGACCAGGCAUUCAGAAACCAGAAUACAAGGAACUCCGUUCAUGGAGGGAGUAUUAAUGUACAUAUGAAUGGGUAUGUUGUAGAUCUUGCAAACACUUGUCCUAAUAUGACAGUUGACAUGGCAGAUAAAGAUUUUCACCAGAAUGGACACAUUCUGGAUCUCCAGUCGAAUGGCAGCAUCCCAGGAGGCCAUUCAAGUGAAAGGCUCCUUGAUGGAAGCAGAGAGCUCAGCAGCUGCUGUGACGCGCACCUCAAUACUACCUUUACACAACAGACUCCCUGCCUGACUGGCGCCAAAGUCUCCUGA